AUGCAGAGGCUGAGUGAUGCCCUCCUGCAUAACAACCACCCUGCUCCUCCACGGCAGCCUGCCAGGGAUCGGGAUGUGGGACGCCUAGUCUCGGGGCAUAGGCUGCCAGUGUUCGCCGGAGAGGAGGAUCCCGUGAUACUCGAGAAGUGGAUCCGAUCCCUCGAUAAGAUCUUCGCCGUUGUGGGUUGUCCUGAGGAUCGCCGAGUGGAGUUGGCUUCUUUCUACUUUAGUCAUGAGGUUGAUCUCUGGUGGGUGCACGAGGGCCCCGCGUGUCAAGAAGAGCCUGGUUUCGACUGGUCAGCCCUGAAAGACAAGAUGAGGGAGAGGUUCUAUCCAUCACACGUCCGAGCCGCCAUGUACGAGGAGUUCUUACAUCUUCAGCAGGGGUCGUCAUCCAUGGUGGAAUACCACAAGCGCUUCUUAGAGCUUGCCCGUUUUGCUCGGAUGUUGGUUCCCACUGAGCUAACAAAGGUGGAGAAGUUUGUGGCAGGACUCAACUACGAAGCCCGGAAGGCGUUGACCGUGAGCAAGCCUAGGACACUGAAUGAAGCCUAUCUGAGCGCAGCCGAUCUGUAUUGA